CUGCAGGGGUGGGGGCAGAGCGAGCAGAGCAGCUAUUUUGAAAGUGACCCCUCAUUCAGGCAGCGACUGUGCAGCUGUCAGGAACCAUGACUGAAGAUGACGGAUUCUGUUGUCGUGGAGGGAUACGCCAGACUGAGAGAUGGGAAAAAGUGGAAGACUAGGUGGCUCGUUUUUCGCAAGCCGUCGCCUGUAGCAGACUGCCUUGUGUUAUUGGUUUUUAAAGACAAAUCAGACAAAGCCCAGGGCAACAAAGAGAAGGGGAUUGUCACGUUGGAGCAGAUCUGCGGCCUAGAACUUGGACAGUGGUAUGAAGGGGUUUCUUUUACUCUGGCCAUCCUCUGCCUGAACCAGGCUGCUCUGCUUGGCUUUGACAGCAGGGAGACCCUGCAGGCCUGGGAGCUCCGUCUGCGAUACAGCCUCGGAGAGGUUCACAGAUUCAGUGUUGGAGUUUUACCAGGGACCAGGCUGGAGACUGGACCUGCAACUCUUCAUCUGUGCAACAACCUUCUGGCCCUCAUCCGGGACUUUCCUCCCAUCAUUAUCGGCCAUUGGAAUCUGCCAGACUUGCGCAGAUAUGGACCAGUGCCAAAUGGAUUUGUGUUUGAAGGAGGAACAAGAUGUGGAUACUGGGCCGGUGUUUUUCUUCUUGCAUCUGCAGAGGGCGAGCAGAUCAGCUUUCUGCUUGACUGUAUCGUUAGAGGCAUCUGCCCCAGCAGGGGCCCUUAUGGGCUGCGGCCCGUUUUGCCAGAACUCAAUUCAAGCCAGACAAUUUCAGAGGAGAGGCUGAACCUGGAAACCCAGGAGCUGGAGAAGCGGCUGAGCAUGCUCUCUCAUAUGAGCAGCACAGUCUCGUCCACGAACUUCCCAUCUGUUGGGGGAGAUGAUCGCAGCAUAUCUGGCUCUUCAGACACUUCCGACACCAGCCAGUCAGACUGCAGCAUCGGCAGCCGGCUGGCCAUUUGGACUGAACCUCCCUCAAACUCUCCCGUAAGCGUGUGCCACAUGGGCACUAAGGUGGCGCUGCAGGCUGUAGAAAAACAUUCAGUAGUCCAGGGAGGCGGGGGUAGACUGUCAGCCAAGCCACCCAGGCAGCUUCAUGAGAUAGGCCGUCAGAGCUCUUCAGACAGCGGCAUUGCAACCGGAAGCCAUUCCUCCUACUCUGGGAGCUUCUCCUCGUACACAGGCAGCCUUGACAUCACUCCAGCAGAGGAUUUCGGCUCUGUGUUUAGUUUGCCACCCCACCUGGCUCGAGAACUGAGCCCUUGCAUUUGUCCCACUGCUCCUGAUCACGAGUACCAAGUGCCAACCACGCUUCUUUGGUAUCUUUAUGACUCUCCUAAAGGUGUGGCACAUGAAGCGAGUGGAGGUGACAAAGAUUCUGAGCCAGUAAAAGCCACCAAAGACUACCCAGUUCCUUCAGAGCAUCCAACAGAGUUGAAAGGGGAUACAAGUGGAGAAAAAGCAGCUGAGGUUCAAUCAGAAACUACAGAUAGACAAUCUGUUGGGAUACACAAUCAGAGCCUUUUGAAGGAUGGCAGAAAGACAAGUAUGAUGCCCUCUAGUGGCUCCUCUCAUACCCACAGCUCGCUCACUGCCUCCAAAUCUAUUGUGGCAAUCUGCUCAGCGUGUGGUGGAUUCAAGGGUAAUCACUAUUUUCAAAUGGGUUCUUCGGUGAUGCCAACCCUACCAGAAAAAAAGUUUACUAGUAAAGAAGAGAGGCGCAAAGCUGAUCCAGCUUAUGAGAUCAUGGAGAAUCGGGUGCCAGAGAAACACCCAGAGGGUGAAGAGAAAAGCAAAUAUGAGCUUAUGGGCAGCUACAGCCAACAAAGGCUCUUCCAAGAGGCUGAAGGUCAGUGAAAGCGACUCAAGUGGUCAACAUCACAGGCUUUGAUUGAUUGUUUUUAUUUAC